AUGUCUAUAAUCGUAGUAACCACUCUUCUCCUCAUCUUCUUCGCGUCCUCAUCCAAUGCGAUUGACAUGUCAAUCACGACCUACAACAAUAACAACAUCGGGAAAUUUAGCGAUGAGGAGGUAAAGGGUAUAUAUGAAAUAUGGUUGGCGGAGCAUGGGAAAGCGUAUAAUGGGCUACGAGAAAAGGGGAAAAGAUUUGAGAUUUUUAAAGAUAAUGUGAGGUUCAUCAAAGAACAUAAUAACUCCAAGAAUCGCACGUACGAGCUAGGAUUGAACCGGUUUGCUGAUCUCACUAAUGAGGAAUACAGGGCCAUGUUUUUGGGUACGAGGAGUGAUGCUAGACGCCGCCUUGUCAAGUCCAAGAAUGCUAGCCAUCGUUAUGUUUUUCGGGCUAACGAGCAUCUACCAGAAUCUGUUGAUUGGAGGAAGAAAGGCGCAGUUGCUCCUAUUAAGGACCAAGGAAGUUGUGGGAGCUGCUGGGCUUUCUCAACAGUGGCUGCAGUAGAAGGCAUAAACCAGAUAGUAACAGGAGAAAUGAUCACAUUAUCUGAGCAAGAAUUAGUAGAUUGUGACAGGAUAUACAAUGAAGGUUGUGAUGGUGGGCUAAUGGACUAUGCCUUUGAAUUUAUCAUCUCCAAUGGUGGUAUUGACACCGAUACUCACUAUCCCUACAAGGGCAUCGAUUACACUUGUGAUCUUGUUCGGAAGAAUGCAAAGGUUGUUAGCAUAGAUGGAUAUGAAGAUGUGCCUGCAAAUGAAAAAUCACUUCAGAAGGCCGUGGCACAUCAACCUGUUAGCGUAGCCAUUGAUGCCUCCAGCAGGGCUUUUCAGCUUUACUCCUCGGGCAUAUUUAGCGGGGAAUGCGGAACAGAAUUGGACCAUGGUGUGGUGGUAGUUGGCUAUGGCAGCGAAAACGGAGUAGACUAUUGGAUUGUGAGGAACUCAUGGGGCUCCAAUUGGGGAGAAGAUGGCUACAUCAAAAUGGAGCGUAAUGUAAAAGACACAUAUUCUGGCAAGUGUGGAAUUGCUAUGGAGGCUUCUUAUCCCAUUAAGAAUGCCAGAAAUAAAAAUACUGUUGGAGAAGAGGAUAUCAUACGCUCUGUCUCAAGUAAAUAGAGUUAUUUGGUACUCGUGCUGAUGGGAGGUACUGAUUAAUUGAGGUGCGAACAAGCUGAUCCGAACAAUAUGAUUAUAAAAAAUAGCCAGUGUUUGAAGAAACCGCUGCCACAUAGCGGAUGGUUUGGGUUAUGUCUAUUUUGUGAAAUUUUUAAGUUUAUUAAUUAAUGUAGAUAAUUAAUUCCUUAUCUCAUGUGCAUUAAAUGCCCAUGAUCAUUAUUUGGGCAAUUUCUUGUAAUGCAUUUGCGUUGUAUGUUUAUUUAAUGACAGCCUUCAUUUUAUGUGUUC